AUGGACACGUUUGUGGACUCUUCCUGGUACUACUUCAGAUACACAGACCCACACAACUCUGAGAGGCCCUUUGAGCGCCCCCUGGUGGAUCGCUGGUUGCCUGUGGAUGUUUACAUCGGGGGAAAAGAACACGCUGUGAUGCACCUGUACUACGCUCGCUUCAUCAGUCACUUCUGCAGAGACCUGGGACUGGUCUCUCACAGGGAGCCCUUUAGGAAGCUGCUGGUCCAGGGCCUGGUCAAAGGUCAGACGUUCAGACUGGUCUCAACCGGACACUACCUGAAGAAAGAAGAGGUCGACUUCUCAGGAGUCCAGCCUCAGUCCUGGGGGGGAGAGCCCGUGGAGGUGUCGUGGGAGAAGAUGAGUAAAUCCAAACAUAACGGGGAGGACCCAGAGUCUGUGGUUCAGACCUAUGGCCUGGACACAGUCAGACUCUACAUGCUCUACGCUGCUCCUCCAGAGCAGGAGGUGCUCUGGAGCCACAGAGCUGACACCCUUGCUGGGGUGCUGAGGUGGCAGUCUCGCCUGUGGCAGUUGGUGACGAAGCUGAUGGAGUCGAGGAGUCGAGGACAUGCCCCUAACCCCGCCUCCCUGAAUGGGCAGGAGCAGGAGGAGGCGCGGAGGCUCCGGGACUACAAGAACCAUGUCAUCUCAGAGGAGCAGUGGUACUGCGCCCUCUGGUGUCAGGAGCAGUGGUACUGCACCCUCUGGUGUCAGGAGCAGUGGUACUGCGCCCUCUGGUGUCAGGAGCAGUGGUACUGCACCCUCUGGUGUCAGGAGCAGUGGUACUGCACCCUCUGGUGUCAGGAGCAGUGGUACUGCACCCUCUGGUGUCAGGAGCAGUGGUACUGCACCCUCUGGUGUCAGGAGCAGUGGUACUGCGCCCUCUGGUGUCAGGAGCAGUGGUACUGCACCCUCUGGUGUCAGGAGCAGUGGUACUGCACCCUCUGGUGUCAGGAGCAGUGGUACUGCACCCUCUGGUGUCAGGAGCAGUGGUACUGCACCCUCUGGUGUCAGGAGCAGUGGUACUGCACCCUCUGGUGUCAGGAGCAGUGGUACUGCACCCUCUGGUGUCAGGAGCAGUGGUACUGCACCCUCUGGUGUCAGGAGCAGUGGUACUGCGCCCUCUGGUGUCAGGAGCAGUGGUACUGCACCCUCUGGUGUCAGGAGCAGUGGUACUGCGCCCUCUGGUGUCAGGAGCAGUGGUACUGCACCCUCUGGUGUCAGGAGCAGUGGUACUGCACCCUCUGGUGUCAGGAGCAGUGGUACUGCGCCCUCUGGUGUCAGGAGCAGUGGUACUGCACCCUCUGGUUACCAUGUGGAACACAUUACCCCUCCUCUGAGUACCAUGUGGAACACAUUACCCCUCCUCCGUCUGCCAACAUGGAUCCCCAGAGGAAAUCCUGUUCUGCUCCUAAACCUCACAACCAGGAUGAGACAUGGCAGCUUUGA